AUGCGCGCGUCGUUCGCGACGCCCGCGCGCGUGACGGCGACGCCACGGCGCGUGAUCGCGCGCGCGCGCAUCGACGCGAUCGACGUCGACGCGAUCGAUCGACGCGUCGCCCUCGUGGGCGUGGCGUCGGUGCUCGCGGCGUCGACGCCCGCGCGCGCGCUCGGGGCGGAUCUGGAGGACGCGCUGGCGCGGAAGGCGGCGCGGAAGGCGGCGGUGCGGGAGGCGGCGGAGGCGAGCGCGAAGACGGGACGGGGCGAGGCGGCGUUCGCGGACGCCGAGCGAGGCGUGAGCGAGGAGUCGAGGACGCCGAACGCGCACUCGAGACAGGAGGAGGGACUGCGGAAGACGUUGAGUGAUAACGCGUGA